UAUCAGAACAAUUAUGAAUCCAAAUCAAUGUAAAACCCAGCAGAAAUGUACAUGAUACGUAUAAAAUUGACUGAAACAUUCAGUCGUAAAUUAUGUGUACUUUGAUUUCCUGAUUUUUCUUUCUGUCAUAAUAAAACUUUUAUAUCUUAUCUUCUUCAGCACAUACAUCAGCUUUCCAGAGCAGCAGGUGGACUUCAACUCCCAGAAUGCCCGAGCAGAGUAACGACUACCGGGUGGUGGUGUUCGGAGCCGGCGGCGUGGGGAAGAGCUCGCUGGUGCUCCGGUUUGUCAAAGGCACCUUCAGAGACACCUACAUCCCCACUGUGGAGGACACAUACAGACAGGUGAUCAGCUGUGAUAAGAGCGUCUGCACGCUGCAGAUCACCGACACGACAGGAAGUCACCAGUUUCCCGCCAUGCAGCGCCUUUCCAUCUCCAAGGGCCACGCCUUCAUCCUGGUCUUCUCCAUCACCAGCCGCCAAUCAUUGGAGGAGCUCAAACCCAUUUACCAACAGGUCCUGGCCAUCAAAGGCACCGUGGAGUCCAUCCCCAUCAUGCUUGUGGGCAACAAAAGUGACGAGACGGCCCAGCGCGAGGUGGAGACGAAGGAGGCCGAGGCUCAGGCCGCCGCCUGGAAGUGUGCCUUCAUGGAGACUUCGGCCAAGACGAACUCCAACGUGAAGGAACUGUUCCAGGAGCUGCUGUCCCUGGAGAAGAAGAGGGACAUGAGCCUGAGCAUCGACGGCAAGCGAUCGGGAAAACAGAAACGAGCCGACAAGCUGAAGGGGAAGUGCAGCAUCAUGUAGGGCGAGCGGCGGCGGACUCGCCGUAGAGACGUGGAGACGAGGCAGGAGGGGGGCGGGAGAGUCUGCUGAUAAACUCCCAGAGAGACUCCCCCUCCCGUUCUGUGGUGGCUCUCCUCCUCCGUCUGUCUGAACACUGAAGCCCAGAGGAACAAAACCAUGAGACUGGCUGAUAAUGGGAACUUUAUUUAUACCAGGGCCUCGGGGCUCCUCCUGACCCCGAACUGGAUUGUGUUUUUGGCCCCAAAAAACAAAUACAGACCCAUCAAACUGCUACCACCAUUAACCAUCACACUGACAUAAUAAAGGAAUAUUUCACAUUUUUUAUUAUGAAUCUUGGGCCAAGCCAUGAAUCCAACUUGUAAUUACAGAAGCAUAAGAUGAGAUAGAACUGGAUGUUGUUGUGCAGCAGUUACAGUACAAAGAUUAGAGUGAAGUAUUGACAGAAAACAUUUUUUUUCUGAUCAUAGUCAAGCUUCCAGUAUUCAUAUCAAACACUCAGAUGUAGUUACAUUUCUGUAUGAGCCAAGACUCAAACCUGGCCAAAACCCAACCCAGCUGGUACUGCCUAAUUUGAGACCUGGACCGACUCCAAAACUAUAUAUUUGCUUUAUUUCGUCAGUUUCUCAUUGUUAGCUUGCAAGGCAUUGGCUUCUUGCAACAAAACGAUUGCCAAAGUCAGAAAGAAAGGUUCAAACAAUGAUUACUAGAUUUCAGGGUUGACAAAAGCAACUGUUGUUAGCAGGUUUAUGGGGUUUAGAUCCAUUAAAGAGUUGGAAAGAGUUGCUAACUUUAGAAAAAUGCCUUGUUGCUAUUAGACCUUCAUCUAUUGCAACCUGGAACUCCACACUAUAAUGGAGCUAGCACAUUAUAUGCUAACUCCUAAAGCUAGUUAUCUGAACAUGAUAAACAGCUUAUAUUAGAAGCAGAGCUUUAAAUAUGUUAACUUUUACUCUUAUAAUUUUGGAAAGACUAAAAUUAGUCACCACAAGCAACUACUUUAUUUACAGAGUGAUUGAAAUCUAGAAGUAAAUCCUAGACUUAGUCAUUGACCUCCAUUGGUUAAGAAUGUUUAACGUUAGGCAUUGACUUUGAAUUGUCAAGAAUGGUUAGGGUUAGGAAUUGGUUGGGAAUGGUUAAGGUUAAGAUGGGUAGUUGGGCUUUUGCUUCUACAAAUUUUUGUAAAUCUCACCUUACCUUCUAGACACGACGUUGAAAUCUGAAGACUUGCUCAACAAUGAUUGGACAGUCAUGAGUUUGUUGAAUUCGCAGUACUUGGCUCAAAGAAAGCAACGGCAACAACAGGACAAAGAAAUAAGUUCAACUAACUUAAAUGCUAAUAAAUUAGCAACUUGUGCUGCAAUACUUUGCAAGUCGGAAGUCUAUAAUUAAUUAUUCAGAGUCUAUUUCCAGAAAUCCAAUUUAAAAGCGUCCCAGUGCAUCUGCUCAGAAAAACAUUGGACGCCGAUUGAUGCUUGUUUGGCAAAUCUUUGAGAACCCACAUCAGUUACCACAGAGCUGUUAGCAAAGAGAAACAGCAUAUUAAGUGUCUUUUUUGACUGUUCCUCAUUCAAUUUACAUACAACAGCUCAAACCAGUUGUUUGACACUGUGGGCCUCCAAUGAAACAGCUACAGAUAAAACUGAAAAACAGUGAAGUAUUCCUUUAUCUAAUAAGACGACUGACAUUUCCAUUAUGAUUCCCUUCUUGGCGGUUGUGACCGUAAAAGACAGGAUGCUUCCUGCUCUGCUUCCUGCCGUCAUUAGAGGAACGCCUACAUACGAGCUAUCGGCCUUUAGCCUCCACACAAACACAGUGCUGGUGGCGAGAUGAGCCGACGGACUGCAGAGGAAACAGCAGACGCUCUUCAGACGUCAGGAAACUCAGAAGGCUUUGAUGAUUUCCACAAGCACAAGCCGGCCUUUGACUCUGUUUUCAUCUCUGUCACUGGAUAAAACAUCCGUUAGCAUCAACACGUAGCUGCUGAUGGAGGCAGCUGUUGGACGAACUGUAUAUAUAUUAUUUAAAGGAACAGUGCAACAUUUUGGGAA